UGUGCUACCCAAAUCACUCCAGUCCCUUGUCCUUCAUCCUGACAGGCAUCCCUGGGCUGGAGGAUGCUUAGUUCUGGAUCACCUUCCCAUUCUGCACCAUGUACUUUAUGGCAGUGCUGGAGAGCAUCACGCUCCUCCUCGUGAUUAGGAUGGGCCCAAACCUGUGCUUGCCCAUGUUUUACUUCCUCUCCAUGCUGGCUGCCAUUGACUUCGUGCUCAUCACUUCCACCAUGCCCAAGCUCCUGAGCAUCUUCUGGUCCCGUUCCCAUGACAUCAACUUGAAGGGCUGCAUGGCCCAGAUGUUCUUCAUCCACAGCUUCUCCAUGGCAGAGUCAGGGGUCCUGCUUGCCAUGGCCUUGGACCGAUACCCGGCCAUCUGCAAGCCCCUGCACUACUCUGCCUUCCUGACUGGCCCCACCAUUGCCAGGCUGGGUCUGGCCAUUGCGUGCGGCGCCUUGGUCCUCACCCCCCUGACAUGCACGGUGACCACCCUGUCUUACCACGCCCCCCGCAUCAUUCCCCACUCCUGCUGCAAGCACAUCUUGGUGGUGAAGCUGGUCUGUGGGGACAUCCGGCCCAGCAGCACCUAUGGGAUCACAGGAGACUCCAUCCUCAUCACUGUCUCCUACGUGCUGAUCCCGAGGGUGGUCACAGGCUUGUCCUCCAUGGAGGCUGGUCUCAAGUCCUUUGGCACCUGUGGCUCCUACACUGGAGUCAUCCUGCUCUUCUACCUGCCCGGGCUCUUCUUCUACACUCAGCCCUGGGGCCGGAGCAUCCCUGAGCACCUCCACAUCCUGGCAGCUGAAACGCCUCCCAUGAUCAACCCUCUCAUCUAUGGGAUGAGGGCCAGGGGCCAAUCCAGGAGCGGGUGCUGA